AUGGAUUAUGGGAGCCAGAGAGCAAGAGCUAAUCCUGAUUAUAGAGGGAGAGGGAGAGGAGCUCCAAGAGGACGUGGAAGAGGGUUUAGGGGAAAACCAAGGGGUUCACUGAAAAUGGGCUACGGGUCUAGACCUUCCACUUUUGUUCCUCCUAAAGAUUCUGAAAUAAGAAUGUACAAAGUUUCACUAUGCAAAUGGAUAAAAGAAGGAAAGAAGUGACGUAACCAGGGUGAUUGUACAUUUGCUCAUACGGAAGAAGAAAGAAGAAAGCCUCAUGAGCCAAUCCCAUUGAGUGAAAAAGAAGAAAUUGAAGAGCUUUACGAGGAAAUAGAAAGAAGAAAAAUUAUAAGAGAUAGAAAAAGAGGAGAAUACGAAGAGAGAAAGAGUAUCCCCGAAACUGUGCCUUAUCAAAAUUAUAAAGAAAUAUCACAGCAAUAUGACCAAGCUCUCAAUCAACUUAAUAGUAUAAACACUACUUGGGAGGAAAAGCAUGACCAGGUUAAAGAAGAAUAUGAAAGUAAAAUUCGUAGCUUAAACACUACUUGGGAGCGAGAAUGAGCUAGAGUUAAAUUAAAAUAUAAAAACAGGGAAGAAGCAGUAAGCAGAGAAAAUCAAACGAAUAUUGCCAAAAUCCAACGUUUCGAACUAAAGGUUCGAGACCUAGAUACUCAGCUCAAAGAUUCUAAAUUAGCAUUAAGAAACACUACUCUUGAGAGGAACCAAGUGAUACAAAACUUAUCGAAUCAGACUGAUAUUUCUCAGCAGUUGAAAGAAGACUUACAUAAUGUUAAGACUGAACUUGAGAAUUACAAGGCGAAAUGUUCAACCUAUUAUGACAUUAUUCAGGGACAUCAAACGAAGAAUAAAUAAGAUCAAGGAGAAGUACUUCAAAGCUUAUGAUCAGAUUUUGGUAGCUCCACAGAGAGAUUAUAAGAAGAUGUUCACAUAUCUCGUUGAGAAAAUAGAAUCCUUGAAUGAAUGUCCUCUAUCGUUUGAAAGCCUUGAUAAUCCAGCUAUUUUACCUUCAGGGAACACAAUAAAUGAAUAUUUCUGUAGAAAUCUUAUCGCCUCUAGAUCAACAGAUCCAUUUGACUGUCAAAAACGAAUUAUGUCAGUUAUAGUGAACAGGUUCGCAAAGGAAGUCUUUGAGCUUACCUCCAAAUGUAAGAAGAAGGCAAAGAAAUUAGAGAAAAAUAGUCCCUGCAAAGAUUUUAAGUCCCAAACUGAUUUUGUGGUCAGAUGGGAAGAAGACAUCGAAGAUAAUGAAAGACUUAAGAGAAAUUUAAAAGAAAUAGAAAAUUUCUAUGAGAAAAAAUUGCUCAAGUUGACACAUAAAAUGCAUCUCGACUCAUUUAAGUUUGCAUUGAUGUUAAUCAACCAAAACCCUACUUUUGUGAGCCUCCUACUGAGUGUUUCAUUCUGGCAUCACUAUUCGAAAUUUUUGAUGGGACUAUAUCUUCUAAAAUCAAAAGUAGAUCUGACGACUAGCUAUAAAAACAAAGCUACAUCUACUUCUACUGCCAGAACGAUUCCUCCCAAAGAUGUAUCUAUCCAAUCAGAGGUUCUUCAAAAGUCAGUUGACGUCCAAGCCCGGCCAUCGAAAAAGAAUGCUUGGGUUGGGACCAAAAUUACAGUUCCUCCUAAGGAAGACAUGAAGAUUGAUAAGGGAUGUAUUAUCUUCUAAAGUUUACAUAUA